AGCUGAGUGUUUUUGCGGUGCAGUUCAAGACGGCAAAAGUGGUCGAGGAGGGGAAAAAAACAAUAAAAGAAGAAGUUGCUAAACUUGAGCAAUAAGGAGGAGAGUUGUGUUGUCCGGCAGCAUGUCUGACUACCCACCGUUCCAGUACGGAAAGUCUCGUUUCAACCAGGAGACUUUUCGCGGGAGAUUCCGUCAUUUCCUGGAUGUGAUCGACCCCAGCACACUCUUCGUGUCAGAGAAGCGGCUGCAGGAGUGCAUUAAGCUGCUCAAUAGCUUCAGACAAGGAACUCUGCCUCCAGGAGUCACAGACGCCGAGCUAUGGGAAGCCCAGAAAAUAAAGCAGGCCAUCAUCCACCCCGACACGGGGGAGAAGAUCCUCAUGCCCUUUCGGAUGUCAGGUUUUGUCCCAUUUGGCACUCCAGUGGUUAUUGGCCUCCUUCUCCCUAAUCAAACAAUGGCGACAACCAUCUUCUGGCAGUGGUUAAACCAGAGCCAUAAUGCCUGUGUCAACUACAGCAACCGUAACGCAACAAAGCCCGCUCCAUUCUCCAAAUUCUUCCAGGGUUAUGUGGGGGCAGUGACCAGUGCAGUCUCUAUCGCUGUUGGCCUGAAUGUUUUAAUCCAGAAAGCAGACCGAUUAAAUCCAACUACCAAGCUCUUGGUGCAGAGGUUCGUCCCUUUCCCUGCAGUGGCGAGUGCAAACAUCUGCAACGUGGUGCUGAUGAGGCACACCGAGCUGUCUGACGGCAUCGAUGUGCUUGACGACAGCGGGAAGGUGGUGGGAACGUCUAAGAUAGCCGCGAGGCAUGCACUUUUAGAGACAGCCCUGACCAGAGUCGUCAUGCCCAUGCCCAUCAUGGUGCUUCCUCCCAUGGUCAUGGCCGUUCUGGAAAAGCUCCCUCUGCUGCAGCGGCGGCGGCGGCUCGUCCUGCCCGUCCACAGCCUGGUGUGUCUGGCUGCCUUCGGCCUCGCUCUGCCACUCGCCAUCAGCCUCUUCCCACAGAUGUCUCAGAUAAGCGCCAAUCAGCUCGAGCCAGAGAUCGCGGCGGCGACAGAUUGUCAGAUUUUGACGUACAACAAAGGGCUGUGAGCGUUCCCUCCCGACCGGUGGGUCGACCCCCGCCGUCCGACGAUGCCAACGUGGAGGAGGUAGCUCGCAUUUUCACAAAACAGCAGCUGAUCCCGACAACGCAUGACAUCGCGGAGAUAGCGGUCGACAGCGACAGCUAAAUGUACAUCACAACACCUUCGAAGUAUUAGCAACGCGACAACAUGGAGACUUACCUAAGAGUCGAUGCCAAAAGCGGUGCGCCGCUCGAGCCUUAAAGGCUAAUUCUGGCUGCUGCGCGACUUGUUCAAAACAGGAAAGGUAACAGCUUAAAAAAAAAUUCUAAACAUUUGCAGAAAACUCCAAGCUGAUAAUAAGUCGACUUACAGAAUAGUUUGGAAUUUUUCCAGGUUUUUACAAAAAAAAAACAACUUCUCGAACAAAGUGAAUGUAGAAAAGCCUUAACAGUUUAGCAGUAAACUUUAUUCCAUUUUCCUCCUCUGCUCCCCCCAAAAAGUUGUUGUCGCUUUCAGAGUGAAAGUUUCAGGGAUUUUCUGAAGGGACGAAAAAUAAUACUUGACAAAACAUGUUUAUCUUUAGGUUUUCUCUUUUUCUGUCUUUGCCUUUUAAUCUGAGCAUAAGAACACAGAGAUUAUUGCUACAGCCAACCAAUGGUUGGUGGAAAAUGUCCAACUUUGUAACUUUUCAAUUCCACAUACUUGCAAUAAACGGCAUACCUCAA